CCGCUUCUUGCUGCUUUUCGCACACGGGUGCCCUUCUCGUCAGCCUUGCGUACAGCAGGCAGGAACGAUCUCUCCGCAACUCAUACGCCCUCCCUGGUUCAUUCUUUCCUCGAAUUCUCUCUCUGAAUAUUCUUGGACUCGCUGGGAGCGCAUCAGCCAAGACGAUUGAACCAGAGAACCAAAGCAGCCCGAAUAGCGCGCGGUGGUGAUAGCCCGGAUUCUCUACCGGCGCACGUCCUGGUUGGGUAUAGAUCCUAUGGUAUCUCCUCAUUAGCCUCAGUAGUGCGCUGUGCUCAACUCAUCUACUGUCGGGAUGAUCGGGGUUCCUAUAUUCGCGGGACCAAGAUCGAUGCGUUGCUUUUGGCUUGGGAGAGAUGAUGGAAUGGACGACGAACACGACGCGACGUACAUUCGUUCCUAUCCGCUGUCAUUUCGUCCAGCAGAGCGCGGCUACUUGCAAGAUUUGCACCGAUCGGCUGAUUACCGUCUACAUAGUCAGUCUGCAAAAUGACGACGCCUGAUUUCAUCACAGCGUGGUGAAAUACUCGCAUGUUGUCGCGCAGAACCGUCUGUGACCUCACCCGCUAUCCCGCCUAACAUGCUCUGAAGGUCUAGUCUGACUACUGUUACGUAUGCAUGAGUCGUAUCUCAUCCGGUCACGCAUAAGACUUGCUCCGCGUCGACCCAGCAUAGACCAUGACCGAAGCUCGCAGUUUCUGGAUAGUUCCAUCAUUCAAGCAGAGGAGUUGUAGCGAGUGCAGACGACCAGACGAGCCGCGAAACUCAGCAGACGCAAAAAGGCGCUCUAUCGCUCUUAGAGAUAUUGGCUCGUUGGUCGACUGGACGAUACGAACAGAGACAACAUCCGAGAUAUCGUUUACAUCUUUACUUCCCGUGAUCAUCUGUUGUAUUAAGUAUACUGCACCGAUUGCAAGUUGACGUAGCGCCUUUCAUGCGGUCAACAUUACUUCCAUCUCACCCUCUGUUCGGCUAAUCUGGAUUAUCG